CGUACAUUCUCGCAGUCCUCAGUGGUCGUCAAUUUUGCUUGGUAUCCUGGGGCAUCAUCCAGCAAUGCUCCAGCUUACUGUUUCGUCGCUUCUGUGCGUGACUGUCCAGUGAAGCUUCUGGAUGCUUCGGAUGGAAGGCUGAGGGCCUCGUACCAGAUUAUCGAUCAUCGUGAAAGGUUCAUCGCUCCUCAUAGUCUCGCGUUCAACUUAACAGCCAAUAAGCUAUACUGCGGUUUCGAAGAUGCCAUCAAGAUAUUCGACAUACAACAACCUGGGGAGGGCGAUCGGCUCCCGACCACGCCUUCCGAGAAGAGCAAGGAUGGGUUCAAAGGCAAGAUAUUACAUUUCCUAGAUCGUAUGAAUGUUGAUCCAAUUUCAGGCAUCGUAUCCAGCAUAGCUUUCUCCUCCUCUUAUGACUACUACGCGAUCGGCAGCCUAACACCUUCCUCACAAGCAAUGGACAAUAUUGUGCUGUAUUCGGAGUCAAAUCAAGCAGCCAUCAUGCCUAUAGGAGGCGCAUAUUCUCAUUCUGGACUGAAGUUUCACCCGACAAAACCGCAUAUUUUGUAUGCUGCAUUUCGUCGACACGAUGCUAUAUAUGCAUGGGACCUUCGCAGUGAUACAUCUGUACCCGUGAAGGUUUCCAGGAUGUCCCCUGAUUCUCGCAAAACAUUAACCAAUCAAAAAAUCGAAUUCGACAUAGAUUGUGCUGGGAGAUUGUUGAGCGUCGGUGAUCAGAAUGGAUGCGUUUCGAUGUUUGACCUCGGAGAUUCGGACGAAUUGGAUUCUGAACAGUCAUCUCUGAUUUCGCUGCAAAAUAUCGCCCCAGAGAUGACUUUCAACGCACACGGAGGCAAGUAUACCAAACACCCCGCGCUCAUCCCUUUAAAGCUGAUCUUUGUGACCGAAGAUGUGGUUGGCUGCGUGGCAUUUCAGCCCUUGCAUUCUAAUCUUCUGGUCCAACGGCGAGUCUGGAGUUCAUAUUGUCAUGCAGGCUCUGAUCCUCACCCGUUUCACUCACCAUUUAAGCAGGAAUACGGCGCCCUAUAUCUUGCCAACGGAGAUGAUGCCUUCGCUGCAAGUGACUACAACAGGGCCAUUGAUUUAUACUCUGUGGCGAUCGAGCUGGAUUCUGCAAGUGACACCGUGUUUGCGAACGUGGAUCUUGAUCAACCUGGCAUAGCAGGUGAGUGA